ACUGCAGACAGUACAGGGGAUGACCAGAGACUGUGGGCACAGUACAGGGGAUGACCAGAGACUGCAGACAACAGUACAGGGGAUGACCAGAGACUGGGGGCACAGUACAGGGGAUGACCAGAGACUGCAGACACAGUACAGGGGAUGACCAGAGACUGCAGACAGUAGUGGGGAUGACCAGAGACUGCAGACACAGUACAGGGGAUGACCAGAGACUGCAGACAGUACAGGGGAUGACCAGAGACUGCAGACAGUACAGGGGAUGACAAGAGACUGCAGACAGUACUG